CAAACAAUAUAAUUUCAUUAUCACACGGAAAGGUACAACGAACGCACGUCAGAUACAAAAUGGUGGAAAAAAUUGCAGUUGUUACUGGAUCAAAUAAAGGUCUAGGAUUCGCUGUAGUCAAAGGAUUGUGUCAAAAAUUCAAUGGAAUAGUAUAUUUGACAGCCAGAGACGAGAACAGAGGAAGGGAAGCGGUGAAAAAACUAGAAGAAUUGGGACUAAAACCAAAAUUCCAUCAACUUGACGUAAGUGACGAACGGAGCGUGCAGACAUUCGCUAACUUUUUAAAUUUAGAGCAUGGAGGCUUAGAUGUUUUAGUAAACAAUGCCGCUAUCAUGGAGCUGGGACAAGUUUAUCCAGACUACGAAGGCGCGAAAAGAAAUAUUAACGUUAAUUACAGAAGUUUGUUGACGGUAGAAAAACACCUCUUCCCGCUUCUAAGAGAUGGUGCUAGAGUCGUGAACGUUACCAGCGCUUGCGGUCAUCUGUCAAAUUUAAAAAAUAAGAUAUGGUUAAACAGAUUGCUGGAUAAAAAUUUAACUACAGAACAGCUCAAUCAUUUUGUCGAUGAAUAUUUGGAUAGUGUGAAAAACGGAACGUUUAAAAAAGAAGAUUUUGCUGAUGAGGGGAAGCAUGCUGAGCACAGGGUCUCUAAAAUCGCUGUGACAGCUUUAACGAUGAUCCAGCAAAGGAAGUAUUUUGACAGGAAUAUUUCUAUCAACGCCGUGCAUCCAGGGCAUGUUAAGACGGACAUGGCAAAUGGCGGCGGUGUUUCGGAGCCAGACGAAGCUGCUAAAGUCAUACUUUAUCUGGUGUUGGACGCGUCGCCGAACUUAAAGGGUACUUUCAUGUGGCACGAUCGUAAGCUAGUUGACUGGACCGAUGUUGAUGGUGAUUAUUACUAUAAAUGUGAAGUUUAAGACGGUCUUUAAGGUCGUAACACACCGUC